CGCAAAGGUAAAGAACUUGCCGGUUCUUCAUCUCAAAGCCGAGAUGAUUUUGAAACGGGUUAUCAAAGGCGAGAUGGAGAUGCGAUGUCCGAAGAACAACUCCAACAAGAAUUGGCCCGACAUAAUAACCGCUUUCUACAACAACAACAAAUGCCGACGACCAUUGACGAAGAGGAGCUUGAGGAUGAAGAUGCGGAGGAAUUGGAACCGGAGACGGCCGAGGAGGAGGGUGCCGGCAUCCACGACGCCGACGAGCCUGCCUCAUCCCAAACCGCCACCGGUAAUAAAAAAAGUAAGUCUGAACUAAUGAAAAAUAAUUUUGAUAAAUGGAAGGACCCACAAACCGGCUAUUGGCACGCAACUUGCAAGUGGUGCAACAACAAUUAUAGUUUGGGAACCUCCGGCGGAUACGGAUCCGCCGCAAGGCAUCUUAAGGCAAAGCACCCCGUGGAGUAUGCAAAAUUAGGCGCCGGAACGGGGAAGCAAACUCAAAUAUCGAGAAAAUGAUGACUUUGACGUUCUAGACUGGUGGAAGUCAAAAGAAAGAACGUUCCCGAUUUUAGCACGGAUGGCUAAGCAAGUACUAUCAAUGCCGAUUUCAACAGUUGCUGUGGAACAAGAAUUUAGUUCGGCCGGCAACGUCCUAACGGCAUCUAGAUCGAGAUUGAGCACGG